CCGUCGUCGGCACUCGCAGCAGACGAGCAGGCUGUGUGCGACCGAGGUCGGCGGCGAGCACAGACGCGAGUUUGUUUAUUCCGAGCCGACGAAUUCGCACAGGUCCGUCUGUAGUGUGUGUUGCGUUCGCGGAAAAAUGUGAUACGGACCUUAUCGCUGCUGAGUGCUCGGAAAUGUGUGCACAGUUGUGCGAGUGAAUCCAAAGUAUUGCUAGGUUGUGAUAGGCGCUGUGAUAAAGAUGAUGAAGAAGGAGAAGCCGAUGAUGUCGGUGACGGCGAUCAUCCAGGGGGCCCAAAAUUGGGGCAGGAGCCUCUCGAAUUUCGUACCUCCGCAUAUGUCGUUAGCCCUCAGUCUGGACCAGAACCUAUCCAUGAAUAGUCUGGGAGCUCCGCAGUCGCCCCUGGACAUGAAACCGGACGCCUCGACUCUGGGCCAAUUCAGUCCGCAGGGUCCCAACAGUCCGGUUUCGUUCUCGAUGGGACACGGGAGCCUCUUGAGUCCUUCGGGAAAUGCAGCAAAUAAGAGUUCUUCCGGGUCGGCAUAUCCCCCCAAUCAUCCCCUCAGCGGUUCAAAACAUCUGUGUUCGAUCUGUGGGGACAGGGCGAGCGGGAAACACUAUGGGGUGUACAGCUGCGAAGGAUGCAAGGGGUUCUUCAAGAGGACUGUGAGGAAGGACCUGUCGUACGCGUGCAGGGAGGACAAGAACUGCAUCAUCGACAAGAGGCAGAGGAACAGGUGUCAGUAUUGUAGAUACCAAAAAUGCCUCAACAUGGGCAUGAAGCGCGAAGCCGUCCAAGAAGAGCGGCAAAGGACGAAGGACCGGGACACUUCCGAAGUGGAAUCCACAUCGAACCUCCAGGCCGACAUGCCGCUAGAGAGGAUAAUAGAGGCCGAGAAGCGAGUUGAAUGCAACGAACCGUUGGUGACAUCGGGAUUGACAAACAACAUGGUGAGCGACAUCGACCAAGCCACCAACAAGCAACUGUUCCAACUGGUCCAAUGGGCCAAACUCAUACCUCACUUCACUUCGUUGCCGCUGUCGGACCAGGUCCAUCUGUUGCGGGCGGGAUGGAACGAAUUGCUCAUAGCCGCGUUCUCGCAUAGGUCUAUACAGGCGCAGGAUGGGAUCGUGCUGCCGAUGGGAUUGACGGUAAACAAAUCGACAGCACAAGCUGCUGGUGUAGGCAACAUCUACGACCGAGUUCUCUCUGAACUCGUGAACAAAAUGAAAGAAAUGAAAAUGGACAAAACCGAACUAGGAUGCUUAAGAGCCAUCAUCCUGUACAAUCCCGAUGUGCGCGGAAUCAAGUCGGUCACAGACGUCGAGAUGUUUCGCGAAAAAAUCUACGGAGUGCUCGAAGAAUACACCAGAACCACCCACCCCAACGAGCCUGGGAGGUUCGCCAAGCUGCUGCUGCGUCUGCCGGCGCUGAGGUCCAUCGGUCUCAAGUGCCUCGAGCACUUGUUCUUUUUCAGAUUGGUCGGCGAGUGCCCGAUCGACACGUUCCUCAGAGAGGUGCUGAUGGAUAAUCAAAGAGACAUCGAGGUCGGAGGUCAGGGUUAGUGCGGCCGUCUUUCCCACUUUACAUAUAUUUUUUUAACUAUUUAAACUUUUACGAAUCUGUGAUGUAUCUAUUAAAUGGAAUAUCUCUAAAAUUUUGGAAGAGGGUAUUAUUAGAUGUAUAUUAUGGGAAGACGCCGAUUGGAUUUCUGAUUUUUGUUGUACAAUAGUUUAAGAGGAGAUAAGUUGUAGCAUAUUUAUUUUUAUUUAUGAGUUAUGAGCUUGGAAAUUCGCAGCUGUCGAGAUUGUUGCAUAGAAUAGAUCUCACUUUGACGCUUCGGUUACUCCAGGGCCUAAUUACUUGGGUCGCUCGAUUCAAGCACAGAUGACGCAGGGAGUUAGUUUUAACCUCUAACCAUAGGUAGCGUAGACGUCAGUGUUUUGAGGAUCAUCGGAGACCAUAUCCAUUUGUUACACUCUAUAUAUAUUAUAUCAAUAAAAUUAUUUUAAUUUU